UUCAGUGAUUGAGUGGAAUCCACCCUUGAUUGAGUAUGGGGGCAAACGUGUGAAUUGCAAACUCUGCAACAUGCUCACCUGCUCUGUGCCACGUUGCACCCAUGCCCGUGGCACACAACUCCAACUGGUCAUCAACCCCUUAACUACUAUAUAUUACGCCAUUUUCUUACACCAUAUCCACCAAAGUUUGGGUAUAAAUCUCUGAUCUUGAAGAAGUAGACUGUAAUUUUUCUAAGUGAGAAGGAAAAAUGCCUGGACUUUCCUUGGGAGACACAAUUCCUAAUGUGCAGGCAGACUCCACUCAUGGGCAUAUUAAGCUCUAUGACUACAUAGGGGACAGCUGGGCCAUUAUCUUCUCACACCCUGCUGAUUUUACACCAGUCUGUACUACUGAGCUGGGAAGGAUUGCCAAUUACAUUGGUGAGUUUGAGAAGCGUGGAGUGAAGCUUUUGGGCUUGUCCUCUGAUGAAGUGGAUUCACACAGAGCAUGGCUACCUGAUGUGGAAGCAUGUACCCCUGGAUGUAAGGUUACAUACCCAAUAUUGGCUGAUCCCAAAUCAGAGAUUAUGGCGAAGCUUAAUAUGUUGGACCCAGAUGAGAAAGAUGAGAUUGGAAAGCCAUUGGCAUCCAGAGCCCUGCAUAUUAUUGGCCCUGACAAGAAGUUGAAGUUGAGCUUUUUGUACCCUGGAACAACUGGGAGAAACUUUGAUGAAGUGUUGAGGGUGGUGGAUUCACUUCAGUUGGCAGCAAAAUACAGGGUCUGUACACCUGCUAACUGGAAACCGGGAGAGAGGGUGAUAAUACCACCAUCCGUAAAUGAUGAGGAAGCCAAGAAAUUGUACCCACAGGGGUUUGAGACAAUCAGCCUUCCAUCUGGGAAAAAAUAUAUUCGUAUGACAAAAGUCUAAAAACUGUCAUAAAUUUGUUUUGAGAUGGGAUCUAUAAUGCUUUCUUUCUUAGAAUUGGUUUUGUGAAGUUCUGAGCAGUGAUUUUAUUUAUAUGGCGUAGCUCAGUUCGUGUGUGAAUAAAUUGGAUUUAUGUAAGAUUGUCUUUCUCAUACAUUUUUAUAAGAUUUUGGCUUUCUCAUCAAA